ACCGUUUCAAAGUCGGACAAUUAUCUGGUUUUUUUUACUUCAACUGUAUAAGAAAAACAAAAUUGUUAGUACCCAAGUCAAGUACGUUUUGCCUUUAAGCACUCAGUCACUGAAUCCAAUAAAUUCCCCGCGUUACAAAAUCUGUUCGUUUUUUUUUUCUUCUGUUUUCAAACUGUCCGCUUGACAAACGGUUUAUGCAAUGAGCAAUAUCGUUUCAAAAUCUAAGUCCGAGUAAAGUUUUAAAAUUUUAUAUUACUUUAACAGUAGUUUAUUUGUUGAAAUGGAAAAUUAAAAGAAAAUGGGAAAAUUAAGCGGAAAAAUUGCUAUAGUAACAGCUUCUACGUCCGGAAUUGGGUUGGCUAUUGCGGAACGUCUUGCUGAAGAUGGAGCUAAAGUAAUGAUUAGUAGUAGAAAACAGGAGAACGUUGAUAAGGCCGUACAGAUGUUGAAAGACAAAGGCCUGGAUGUGUCAGGUGUAGUGUGUCACGUGGCGAAAAGGGAACAUAGACACAGAAUGAUAAAGCAGACAAUGAAAGAGUUCGGGGGUAUAGACCUUCUUGUAUCAAAUGCCGCUGUCAAUCCUAUAUUUGGUCCAAUAUUAAAUGCAACAGAAGAAGGCUGGGAUAAGAUAUUUGAAGUAAACGUCAAAUCAACAUUUUUCCUGAUAAAAGAAGUAAUACCUAACAUGGAAAAGAGAGGGGGCGGUUCUGUUGUCAUAGUUUCCUCCAUAUCCGGCUAUAUUCCUGUUGGCUCCACGUUCACAGGGGCAUAUUCAACAAGCAAAACUGCCUUGAUAGGGCUGACCAAGACGUUAGCUGAACAAUUAGCAACGAUGAAUAUUCGUGUAAAUUGUAUAGCACCUGGUCUUAUAAAAACCAAAUUCAGCGAAUUGCUAGUAAAAGCUGAAGGCAAAAAGAUAUUAGACUCAAUUUAUUUGAAAAGAUUUGGGGAGCCGCAUGAAUGUGCUGGAAUUACUUCUUUCCUGCUUUCCAAUGACGCCUCGUUUAUUACAGGGGAAACUGUGAUCGUAUCUGGUGGUAUGGUGUCGAGACUAUAAUGACCAAACGACAACUAAAUAUCUAACUUUUUUUCAAACUUCAUUGGCUCUCAUCCAGGUUAACAAUGCAAUAUUAAAGGAACGUGUCCUUUCAUUAACAGUGGGUUUGUAAAUAAAGAUAAUACUGUAAAAGUAAUUUAUAAUUCAUAUACACUCA